AUGACUAUAAAAAAACUGCCAGUUGAAAUUCAGUCGAUAUUUAAUGCUGCAGCUAAAAUAAAUAACUAUAAAAAUGCUGUAGAAGAAUUGGUCUACAACGCUAUUGAUGCUGACGCGACUUCUAUUGCUAUUCGAAUUCAUAUUCAUGAAAGUUUCAUACAAGUAAUUGACAAUGGAUGUGGCAUUCAUAAAAGUGAUAUUCCUCUGCUCGGACUGAGGUACACAAGCAGUAAAGUGGAUGAUAUCUCUAUGUUUAAAAGUGCUCCAAAUAAAUAUGGAUUUCAUGGAGAAGCACUUUCUAAUAUUAUUGAGGUGUCACAUAGUGUUAAAAUAACCACCAGGUGUGAAAAUACUAAAGAAACAUGGGUUAAAAUUUUCUGCAACGGCCAGCACAAGGAUAGUUAUACAACUAUAAUGAGACCUUCUAAAGGAACAACUAUAGAAAUUAAAGGAUUUCUGUAUAAUCUGCAUAUUCAAGAAAAAUCUAUAAAUGCUCUAAGUGAACUAGAAAAUAUCAAGUUAUUAUUACAACAAGUGUCUUUAGUAAGAACAAAUGUUUCAAUAAGCUUACGAGAUAAUUCAAAGAAUGAAAUAAUUUUUAAAAUUCAAAAGAACAGAGAUAUUUAUCAAACUCUGUCUUCUUUGUUUGGAAUAAAUAAAAAUGAUAUUCAAGAGUUACAAGUUGAAAAAAAUAAAUAUAAGGCUAUAGCAUUUAUUGGGAAAAAAGAUUUAGAAUCAAAUUUAUACAAAUGGAUAUAUUUAAAUGGAAAGUUUGUUUUUAAAAGUGAACUUCAUGAUAUAAUAAACACAUACUUUGUAAAGAGCGACACAUUUUCUAAAAUCAGAAAGAAUUUCUCUAUUCAAACUGGAAAGGAAGUUCGCAGCAAUGCAAAAGAAAAUAUACCCUUUUACUUUAUCUUCAUCUCAUGUCCACAUUUUGACUAUGAUAUCAGCUUUACGUCAAAAAAUACAAUCUUAGAAUUUAAAGAUUGGAACCAAAUAAAAAAGUUGAUGGAAAAAUUGGCUAAUUUCUAUAAUGGUGAUAUUAAUUUAAGAAAAACCGCACUGAACAAACCCAACAAAAUAAAGAAACUAGAGAAUACCGAGAUACAGAGAAGAAAACAGAAUACUCGGGAAGAAGUUAAAAAUAUAAUGGAAAAGAUAUUGGGUAAUAAAUCUAAAAAAUUAAUAAUUUCCCAAAUGCACAAAGGUGUUAAAGGUAAACCCAUAAGAAAAAAAAAUAAUUUCGAAGUAAAAAGUGACAAUAAGCAAACCAAAAACUCACAUACAAAGGAAAUUAAAUAUAAUAAAUCGGAAUUGAACUUGCAAAGUAACUCCAAGACACUUCAACUAAAGGAAAAUACCCACACAAGUGAAUAUUCGCGAAUAGAUAAAGCAGAAAGCUCUGAACAUUAUCCGUGCAAUAAAAAACCACAAGGGGUUAAAAAAAAGAUACAAAAAACUUCCAAGGUUAAAAACAGAAAUAAAUACAGACAUUAUGUUGACCCAUUGAUUAAGAAAUUUUAUGAAGAAACUGCUUCUGUGAAACAUAGAUGUAACCUUUAUUCCGAAAAUAUAAAAGAAGCUCUUAUGAAAAAAGUUGGUCACGAAUUGGUACACUGUACUAAUAGAAAAUGGAACAAUAAAGACUUACAACUUGAAAGGAAACAUAAUAUCGUCUCCAAUGAGUACAUACCUCAUUCACAACAUUUUAAUAACAAUGAUGGUGUAAUACCCUUAAAUAAAGCAAAUAAACAGUAUUUACGAUCAUAUGAUUUAGUUAAAACAAUUUUAGGCAGUCAAAACCAAUACAACUAUCGCAUUAAUAAGGAAAAUAAUAAAAGCGAAGACUUGUGUUUUAAUAAUUACAAAUCUAACACUACAUAUAAAUAUAGUUAUAAUACAGAGUCAAGAUUUUUCACCACUGAUAAGGUUACAAUGCCAAAACUAACAUUUGAAAGCCAUACAUAUUAUAAAGACAAUAUUGAUGUAUUAAAAAAUAAUAAACAUAUACAACAGUAUAUUAGUGAACGUUCGAAAGACAAUUGUGAUCUUCCCAAUAAGAUAACGCAAUCUAUGAUGAAGGUAACUGCGAAAUGCAAGAAUAAAAUGUCAAAGAAACCUAAAUCUCAUUUCCAUUUGCAAUCUAAAUUGGCAAAUACAAAACCAAAUAUAUUAAAAAAUCAUGCAAACUCACUCAGAAGGGAUAUUUAUUAUACACAUCAAUCAUCUCAUAUAAUAGAGUUUUCAGAAACAAAUGAUAACAUUAAAAAAAUUCAAAAUGAGAACUUUAAUACUGUGUUUAAAAAUAAUGCAUGCAUUGAGGGACGUAACUAUAAAGUCACUGGUAAUAUACAUAGUACUUAUACUAUAAUAGAUUCAAAUGUUUCACUAGAUAUUGAUAAUUACGUUAAAAAUGUUACUAAAAAUAGGAGUGAAUAUCAAGAUUCACCUAUUUCUACUUGUCAUAAGGAUAUUGUUUUAAGUUCUAUACAUCAAUCCAGUGAUAAUCAUGGAAAUAAUUUAAAAGUGAUUUUCAUCUCAAAUUCUGAAAACUUAGAAUCACAGAAAACAUCAAAUAGAAGCAUUGAUCCUUUAUCUUUUUGCACAACUGUGUAUCAAAAUCCAGAUGUAAACAGGUCUGAUAUGAACAAUAAUAUUGAUAUGCACAAAGAUGAGAUACUGUAUGAUACAGAAGCUCAUUUAAAUUUUCAUAAUAAGUCAUCAACUCCUUAUAAUGUUAAUGAUUUACUUUAUAUGAAUAAUGAAAUGGGACAAAUAUCACACCAUUUCGCAAAUUUCAAUAAAGACAAGAAUUCAUACUGUAAUUUGAUUAAUAAUUGUUCGAUCAAUAAUGAGCAACGUAAUUGUGAAGGUCAAGAAGUUAAUAAUUUGAGUAAUCAAGAUAAAAAUCAAGAUCUUUCCAUUGAUAAUACAAAAAACUGUAUUACCACUGUUGAUAACAUAGAUGACAAUGGAUAUAAUAAUUUUAAAUUACAAAAUAGGCACAGAUUUGUACCUAAAGGAAUGUCGCCCAUAUUUGAGAACUGUCUUUCAAGAAAUGUUUGUUCAUAUGAUUUACAAAUGGAUUAUUUUGAAGAUGAAUUAUAUCAUAAUUUUGCAGAAGAUGUAUUAGUCAAUUAUAAAACAUUUGAAAAUAGAGUACAAGAUACACGCGAUAGUGAUACAAAAGAUGCUGCACGAACAAAUAACAGAUUAAAAAAAGAUAAUCCAUAUCUUACAUUUAACACACUUUCACUGAAAAAUGCUAAGGUGUUUGGUCAAGUGGACAAUAAGUUCAUAGCAGCCGAAAUACAAAGUGACACUAGUAACACAUUAAAAUAUUUAGUAUUGUUUGAUCAACAUGCUGUUCAUGAAAGAAUACGACUAGAGAAAAAUUUGUCAGAUUAUAUAAUUGGUGAUAAAUGGAUUAGUACCAAGUGUGAAGAUCUUUUUUUAAAAUUAGCAAAGGAUAACAUAAUUUAUUUAAAUAACUAUAAAGAUAAAUUCAUACAACUCGGACUAGACUGGAAAGUUCAAAGUGAUUGUGAAAUUAUAGUCAAUGCAAUACCUAAAGCUUUGUUUGGAAGGCAUUUAAGACAGCCAGAAAUUAUAUUGGAUUCUGUCAGAAAUUUAAUUUUAGAACAAAUUAAAGCGAUAAAAUUGCUAAGUGGCAACACAUUACUAUAUCCUAAAUCGAUUAUGGAACUUAUUUUUAGUGAGGUAAAAAUUUAA